UUCCAAGUAAUGGCUUCAGUCACUGCAAUGCCAGUUCGAGCAGCCUUUACAGUCUUGUUUCGGAAAUAUCUCCGCACUUCUGUGCUUUUUAUCGAAGAUAUUCUCCGCACUUCUUUGGUGUUCGAACGGGGGUUUUGCACUGACUGAAUCCGGUUACGGUCAAAGUGCAUUGCGAUUCCAUGAAACUUCAAUGAAUUUCUUCUUCGGCAUGUAAUAUGUAAAAUUUCGCGCGAAAUAAAAAACAGAGAGAAUAUUGACAGUCAACUGGAGGAAAAGUUUAGUCAACUCUGAAGACAUUCGAUACCUUCCCCACGAAUCUUCCGAUGGCAUUUUCAAUUUUAACUGUUCAACCGAUACCCCUUGUGCGACAUUCGCCUCUCUCCUCCCCACUCACCAUCAAUUCCCCCCGAGGGACAAGCCUAAAGCUCGAUCCGAAACCUAGGGGUCUCAUGAUGGUUCCUAUCAAAGCUGUCCGUGUUCCUGAAUCAGGGUUUCAGGGAGCUGUUUCAGGAGUUCUUAAUAUCAUCCAAGCGUCGCCACCCACAUGGCAAUCUGCACUCUUGAGUAACCUCCUCAUUUUCGUGCUUGGUUCUCCGCUUCUCGUCACGGGGUUAUCGCUUUCAGGAAUUGGGGCUGCUUUCUUACUGGGUACCUUGACUUGGCGGGCUUUCGGAGGUUCCGGCUUUUUUCUUGUAGCGAUGUACUUCGUCCUUGGCACGGCGGCGACAAAAGUGAAAAUGGCACAAAAGGAGUCUCAAGGAGUGGCUGAGAAGAGAAAAGGAAGAAGAGGCCCUGGUAGUGUUAUUGGAUCCAGUGCUGCUGGCUGUGUUUGUGCUGUUCUAUCGAUAUAUGGGGGCGGUGGAGCUGCAAUUUCACGACUCUUGCAACUGGGGUUUGUGGCGAGCUUCUGUACGAAAUUGAGCGAUACGGUUUCCAGUGAGAUAGGGAAGGCAUAUGGGAAAACAACGUAUCUAGUGACAACAUUCAAGGUAGUCCCAAGAGGAACAGAAGGUGCUGUGAGUGUUGAAGGAACCAUUGCUGGACUUCUAGCUUCAACGUUGCUUGCUUAUGUUGGCUGUCUUGUGGGUCAGAUAGAUGCAUCUGAAGUUGUAAUCUGUAUAGUUGCUUCCCAAAUUGCGAAUCUUGGGGAAAGCGUGCUAGGUGCUGCCCUGCAAGACAAGGAAGGGUUUCAGUGGCUCAACAAUGAUGUUGUUAAUGUAAUUAACAUAUCACUAGGAAGCAUUUCGGCAGUCUUGAUGCAGCAAGUCGUACUUCAGAAAUGGUACCCUUGAGCAGGCAGUGUCUAAAAUAACCUUCAUACAAGAUUCACCAGUUCCUAAUUUUUGGAAGCAUGUAUAGAUGAUUUCUUUACCCAUCAUUGCUUACAAGGUCAGUUCUUGGCAUUUAAUGUACUUCGUAAGCCAGAAGACACUUGAAAAGGGUAGAAAAGGAAUAUGCAUUGAAAUUCUUAAUAGAAAAAAGUGCUCGUGGCACAUUGCCAGGGAAAAAUGUUAAAACUUUUAUACUUAAAUAUGGAACAAAGAAUUGAACACAAGGAUGGCUGAUCUUUUAUAAAAGUGGUGCAAUUUUGAGUUGCCUAUUUAAGGAAUUUCAACUACAUCAACCUUGAGCCUGAGCCCUAUGUCCAUUCAAAAUUUUUCAAUCCAACUACUCGACCCCAAGUUGCACCCCUAUUUUUACAUCCCUCCUGAACGACCUUUCUACAGUCAAGCAAUGAGAUCCAGUAUGAAAUGCUCGGCUUCAUUUUUGGCUCAUCAUCUCUAUAUCAAAGCCACUUGAAAUUAGAAAAGAUUGAAUCAAAUGGAAAGACCAGGAAACAUUCUAAUUUUAAAACUGGAAUUGUGAAUUCUUGCUUGUGACUUGGAUGUUUGUCAGAUUGAACAAACAACAUUCAAUCUCAGUGAAAAAUAAUGUACUGUUGUCUUGGCGGAAUACAGAGAUGAAUGUGUUAGCUCUUAUUCAAUUUGCAUUAUUUUUCCUUGUUUAUGACCAACAGAGAACAUGAACAGAGAGAAUGAUGUUUCUGUAAGGAUGUGACUAAAUAAAGCCACCUUUAGUGGAUACUUGUAACUUGUGAUUCAUCUAAGCAGGCUUGAGAUUUUUUA